UCUUUUGUUUUAUAGGCGAAAUAAUUACUUAGUAAACAGGAAUUUAAAAUAAAAUAAUAUUAAAAAGUUAGCAGAUCAUAACCCAACAGGAGAGGUGAAUAGUCGCAGUCCGCAUAUCAAAUAACAUUAUAGUCCGAACAACAGGACAGAAUAGCUUUAUCGUGUGUCGUGCGUUGCCUUUUGUUGUCACCGGAUUUUUGUCGAAGGGAACAUUUUUCUACAUUUUUCAUUUGUCAGCUACAAAUUAUCCUGAUAAAUACGCACAUCAGCAACAAUACACCAGAUACACAAGAUGGUGUUCAUUCCAGACUGGAUUUCGAGACACGCACAACGAAACAAGACAUUCUGAUAUAAAUUAUACUGGAUCUACUUCAUCACUUCCUCUACAGUACUGGAGAUGCACAAGAUGGUGUUCAUUCCAGGCUGGUUUUAGACUGGAUCUACUUCAUUACUUCCUCUACAGUACUGGAGAUGCACAAGAUGGUGUUCAUUCCAGGCUGGUUUUAGACUGGAUCUACUUCAUUACUUCCUCUACAGUACUGGAGAUGCACAAGAUGGUGUUCAUUCCAGGCUGGUUUUAGACUGGAUCUACUUCAUCACUUCCUCUACAGUACUGGAGAUGCACAAGAUGGUGUUCAUUUUAGGCUGGAUUUAGAGACACGCACAACGAAACAAGGCAUUCUGAUAUAAAUUAUACUGGAUCUACUUCAUCACUUCCUCUACAAUACUGGAAAUACACAAGAUGGUGUUCAUUCUAGGCUGCAUUUAAAGACAGUCAUAACAAAACAAGACAUUCCGAUAUAAAUUAUACUGUUGAACACCUGAAAAUCCUCUGAAAAGCAGUAUGUCAUCUAGAGUUGAUAUGGGUAUCCAGUGUGACCUAUCGUCGAAACAUUGUAAAACGAACUCUGAUCAGGAAAUACGUACGUCGGAAGAUCCCACAGACAAACCUUACUCUGAUCAGGAACUACGUACGUCGAAAGAUCUCACUGAGAAACCGUACUCUGAUAAGGAAAUACGUACAUCGAAAGAUCCCACUGACAAACCUUACUCUGGUCAGGAAAUACGUACGUCGAAAGAUCCCACUGACAAACCUUACUCUAAUCAAGAAAUACGUACGUCGAAAGAUCUCACUGACAAACCUUACUCUAAUCAGGACAUACGUACGUUGAAAGAUCCCACUGAGAAAUCUUUCAAAUGUGGAAUGUGCUUGAAACGCUUCUCGUCACAGGUCCAAAUUGAGGAACAUAUCUGGAUCCACGUUAAUGAAAGACCAUUUGCAUGUGAGGUGUGCGCAAAAGGUUUUAUUCGCAGAGAUCAUUUGAAACUGCAUAUGUCGACUCACAAAAAAACGUUCGAAUGUGCAUUUUGUGCAAAAUGUUUCACUCGCUAUGCAAACUUGAGAUGGCAUUUGAAGAUUCACUCUGGUGUUAAGCCUUUUCAGUGUGAGAAGUGUGCAAAAUGUUUCUUGAGGAAUAGUUGCCUGAAGGCUCAUCAGUUGAUUCAUACUGGUAUUAAACAUUUCAAGUGUCAAGUGUGUGCAAAACAUUUCUCUCGACUUUCCGGCCUAAAGAUGCAUAUGUUGAUUCACACUGGUGUUAAACCUUUCAAAUGUAACCUGUGUGCAAAAUGUUUCGUACGGCGCUGCCACUUGAAACGGCAUAUGUUGGUUCACACUGGAGUUAGAGAUUUCAAAUGUCAGUUCUGUGCAAAACGUUUCUCUCAUAGUUGCAACUUAAAGGUGCAUAUUUCCACCCACACUGGUGCUAAGCGUUUAAAUGUAAAUAGUAUGUGAAACGUUUAACACUGAGUUCCUGCUUAAAAGACCAUAUUAAUUACACCUUCAG